GUAGCUAAAAGAGAAAAGUGUAACGGGGUCAAAGAAACACAUUAUGUUCAAAAAGAUCCAUUCCAUAUUUCACCCCAACUCCCACCGAAGAAAUGCAACAGAUGACAUUCCUUACUGGGGUGGCACAGGUUCUGCUGUCAGAUUGAUCCGCAGCACCUCUAUGUAUGUCCUUGGAGAUGAGCAGGAAAAAGUUAGUGAACCAUUAAAAAAAUGCAAAAGUACAAACAGCAUUGACUCCUGCAGCCAGUCAAAAGAGGAAGACAGGGAGUGGAUGUACUCUAAGACUCAAGACUGCUUGAAGUACUUACAGGACUUGUUAGCCUUGAGGAAAAAAUAUCUUGACAACAUCAAUAAGUUGAAAUCUAUGCAUAUGACUGCAGAUUCCCCAACAUCCACAAAAUCAUCCAAAACUGGAAAGAAGUCAUUUCUUCCGCUUUCCUCCAAAGAGUUUUCUAAGACAUCCAUGGAGAGAAGAAAAGUCCCACAGCCCAAUUCAGAUGUAAGAGAAGCGAUAGCGUUCUUUGACUCGGUUAUUGCAGAUCUGGAUUCAGAGAGAUGCCGGAGAGCUCCUGACAUGGACCUGCCAAAUGCAGAUGUUGAUUUUGAUGUGGCUACCAGCACAAGCGAACACAGUUUACAUUCAAACUGGAUCCUUCGUGCUCCUCGCAGGUACUCAGAAGAUACUGCCCAAACAGCAAAGGCUGCAAACCAGUCACAAAAAAACAGCCAACGAAGAACAACUGGCUCUAGAAAGAGGUUGGAAAGACAUCCCAUGUAUUUGCCCAAAGCUGUGGAAGGAGCAUAUAACACAUUAAAAUUUAAGCCCAAAACACGAAAGAAAGAAUAUUGAAAGAAUAUUCCAUCUUCACCUGAAGACAGACAUUUGAAACUGGCAUGGAAGACUUGAUGCUCUUUCUUUUUUUACCCCCAGCCCAUAUUUUGCACUCUAGAAAUAACAUGUGCAGUCACUGAAGAUUUUUCAUUUUGUAUACACUUCAAGCCAUGGCAAUUCUGACACUGGACUCAUGUGAGGAUUUAACUCAUCGAGUUCAUUGUGCCUAACAAUACCGCUUUGUCAUUCAGCACGGAGGGGAGCUCCCAACUUGACAAGCCUUCUUUUAGUGCUGCUAUUGAAAGCAAUGAUUCAGAAAUUAUCUGGUGUGGUAAAUUUUCUUCUGACUCCAAUACAGCAAGACAAUGCAGCUAAUACUCUAUGAGCUUUUGCAUCAGUGUUUCCAACUUCAGAGCAGUGAAGCAGAGUUUUCUCUGUUUUUUGUAUGUGAAAAUUUGUAUGUGCCAUUGUUGACUCUGUGGUCUGAGAGUAUACGGCAGCAUUGAGAUACAAGGAAGCAGUGGUACAAGCAGAAAAGGCUGUAGUGAAGGAACAAGCAUUAGAUACCUGGUGCUGUUUUGAGGAAUAGCUUUGGUGUGUUUUCGAAAAAAAAAUAUAGCCAAGUACCUUGCUUGCUGGUGGGAAUAGUUCUGUUCUUGGAUAAAACAAAAUCAAAGGAUUUGCUGCUUGCAAAAACAUGUUCAGCUGUUUUCAUAUAGUUACACCACCUCUUAGUUUACAUCUAUGUCAUCAUCUGGAUGCUGAGUAAACUUGAACCAAAUGCUAGGAACAUAGGCAUCCUACUAUGCAUGGAAAGAGCUUAAUGUCUUACAAAAGAACACUGUGUGAAUGAAGUGAAGCAAAGGUUAUCCUCAAGGGCAGGGGGCAAUCUGCAGGUAAAUCCACCACAUCAGCAUUAGAUUAUACGUAGUAUUCUGAUUUCUGCCAGCCCAUCAUUAAAUACUACACAUAUUAGGAAGAAUGCAGUCUAGAAUGUUCCUCUUCAGGCUUUUUCAUCUUAGAGGCAAUGUCUUUCAUGUCAGGCAUGAAACUGUUAUGACCCAUACUCCUCCUCUUUUUCUGUUUAUAUCACAGACAUCAGUCUGAGACAUCCCCAGCUCAUGCUUGGUCUUAAAAAUUUGCUAAGAUGUUUGGAUCAAGAGUUCGUUAACCCUACUGUUUUUUCAUCUGAUGUUUUUCAAUUGGUGGUUCACUGUGACAGACGGAUCACAACAACACUGACAUGACCAUCUCUUGUUUCUAUGUUUUGUAUGUUUUGUGCCUACAGGCUUGGAUAAAGGCACUGGCCAUCAAUAUAACCUAUCUGAUACAUCAUUUACUUUACUUUCUGAUACAUCAUUUACAUUUACUUUAUCGAGUGCACCCUCAGCAAGUUUGCAGACAACAUCAAGCUGAGCAGUGCAGUUGAUACAUUGGAAGGAAGGGAGGCAAU